AUCGCUCGCCCCCAACCCCCACUAUUCUCUUAAACCCUUGCCUUCCGCCGCCUGCCGCUUUCUUCCUUCCUCGCUCCUCCCAAACUCUCGCGCUACGCCGCCGCCGCCGCUGAAGCUUCCAUCCCUCCGCCCCUGGUGAUACAUCCCCGCACCCUCCCCCGAAACCCUAGACCUAGCGCGCCCCCUCCCGACCACCAUGGCGCCGCGCCCCCGCAAGCGGGCCUCGCGCCCCAAGCCCCGCCCGGGCUCCCGCCGCGGCGGGGGCAGAGGCGGGGGCGGGGGCGAGGACCCCUUUUUCGAGUCCGAGCCCAAGCGCCGCCGCGGGGGCCGCGACGAGGACAUCGAGAGCGAGGACAGCGACGACGACGGCGUGGCGGCGCUUGACGGCAGCGUCGAUAAGGAUGGGGAGGAGGGGGGUAAGGAGGAGGAGGAGGAGGAGGAGGAGGAGACGGUGGGGGAGAAGAAGAUGCGGAUGGCGAAGGAGUGGCUGAAGAGGGUGACGGAGGCCGCGAAGAAGGAGGACGAGGACUAUGACGAUGACGAUGAGGAGGACGGGAGUAGGCGGGUUGCGGAGAUCCUGCAGAGGAAGCAGCUCGAGGAGAGCGGCAGGAAGCGGAGGGAUCUCGCCGCGAGGGUAUUACCACCAGAUCCCAAGGAUGGCUUUAAGGUUCUUGUGAAGCACCGACAACCUGUUACCGCCGUUGCUUUAUCCAAGGAUAGUGAUAAGGGGUUUUCAGCAUCAAAAGAUGGAGUCAUUGUGCAUUGGGAUGUCGAAACUGGAAAAAGUGACAAGUAUUUAUGGCCAAGUGAAAAUGUAUUGGUCUCUCAUCACGCUAAACCACCUCUAUCAGCUAAAAGAAGUAAGCAUGUGCUAGCUUUAGCUGUCAGUUCAGAUGGUCGCUAUUUGGCAAGUGGUGGUUUGGACCGUCAUAUCCAUUUAUGGGAUGUUCGAUCACGGGAGCACAUACAGGCAUUCAGCGGUCAUCGAGGACCAGUAUCGUGCCUUGAUUUUGGGCUGGACUCUUCAGAGUUAUUCUCUGGUUCUUUUGAUCGUUCAAUAAUGCAGUGGAAUGCAGAGGACAGAACAUACAUGAACUGCCUUUAUGGGCAUCAAAAUGAAAUCUUGACAAUGGAUGCACUUAGUAAAGAUAGGCUUCUGACUGUAGCACGGGAUCGGACAAUGCAUCUUUGGAAGAUUCCAGAAGAGUCGCAGUUAGUGUUCCGUGCUCCUGCUGCUGCAUCUUUAGAGUGCUGCUGCUUUAUUGAUGACAAGGAAUUUUUGUCUGGAUCUGAUGAUGGAAGCAUUGAGCUUUGGAGCAUAAUGAGGAAAAAGCCUACUCACAUAAUAAGAAAUGCUCAUCCAGUAUCGCAUGAUAAUGUUGAUUCACUUGGCAAUGAUGAUCAGGAGUUGCCUAAAGAAAAUGGACUACAUAAUCCUGAAAAUGUGUCAUCAGCCCAGUCAUGGGUUAGUGCUGUUGCUGUAAGAAAAGGUUCUGACCUUGCUGCAUCAGGAGCAGGAAAUGGUUUAGUUCGCCUCUGGGCUAUCGAACCUGAUUCUAAGGGAAUUCAACCAUUAUUCAAUUUGAAACUGGAUGGAUUUGUUAAUGCUCUUGCCAUAGCGAAAUCUGGACGUUUUAUUGUUGCUGGUGUUGGCCAGGAGCCUCGCCUUGGAAGAUGGGGACGUGUUCGAUCGGCUCAAAAUGGAGUUGCAAUCCAUCCGAUCCGACUAAAAGAGGAAAAAGAGGACUUCUAGGGUAGAUGAUUCAUGUCGACAUACCCCUUAAUGUUUUAGAAGAUCACACCACAAGCGCUACAGUUCAACAUCUAUUCACGCUGCAUUUUGGCAGCCAUGGCUGUAGAAGUAAUUCAAUGGGAGAAGCUGGAAAAAAAAUACCCCGCAAGCAAUGUGAGUUUUGGCAGCCACGGACAAUUGAGCUCUAGAGAUGUAUGCCAGUUCAGGAAGACACUGCUGGAUUUCCGUGGUACGCCAUUUCGAGAAGAUCCUGCUGGAUCGUGUGCGUAGAAUUUGUGAGGCAAUUUUGUAACUCUACUGCCUUAAGAGACGUAAAUUAAUUUAUUAAACAUAAAGAGUUGCAUAGAA